AUGCAUAUUCUUUUCUUCUCCUUCUUUUAUGUUUUCCCCACCAAGCACCACUUAACACCACGGUCAGCAGCUAAGGCAUCUGGCGUUUUUCUCUGCCACCACCCAUCACUAUUCGGUGGUUAUGGUUGUACGUGUGGGUGUUCUAAUGUGUAUGGAUCUUUAUCUCGUAUUGGGGGCUCUGGUAGUUUCCUUGAAGGAGAUGAUAACAGCUACAUCAGACUGAAUGCUGAAGCAAUUCGCUCAGCAUUGAAUGAGAUGGCAUCUUCUAGUAGCAAAAGUAACACCCAUUAUGGAUGGACAUCUUCAGAUGAUGAAGAUGAAGCAGAUGCCAUGGAUCAUGAUCUAUAUGAUGAAGGUGGGAAGAGUGCAAGAAGCUAUAGGAAGAAAGGAAAGGUGCAGUAUGAUGAAUAUCGCAAAGUGAAAGAGUUACAGAAGAAGGAAUCAGUGAAAAGGAUGAUGAAAAGAAAUCCUUUAUUGAUGGUGUGGGAGAUAUAA